CCGCCGAUCGAUCGGCGCCCGAACCGUAGACGCGGACGCGCUAGGAAAACGUUUCGUGCACGACGACGGUGUUUGCGGACGCGUCGCCGCCGUCCCCAUCGACUUUUCGUUCACCGAACCACUCGGGCCGCGCGUCACCGUCGCUCUCCAUCCGGCACCACCGGACCGUCCAAUGUUCACUGUGUCCGCGCGCUGCGCAUCCGGCCGCCGUCGGCCCGUCGUCCCGUUUUCCGUUCGUUCGCGUCUACUGGUUCCCGUGUAACGUUUUACACUCCAUAUCAAUUGUGUGUGUGGGCGCGCGCGCGUGUGUGUAUGUGUGUUUGUGUGCGUGUUUGUGUCGAUUCUUUUUGUCCUCCUCGUCUAUUGUUGGUCUCGCUGCCAUUCCGCGUCCUCUCAUGUAGUUAACGUAUGCAUAACAACACACGGAUCGUCAAUUAUUAAAUUCGUCGUCCCGCGGCCAUUACUGUUAUUGCCGUCAUCACGUCGCUCUACGCGAGUUUCUGCCGACCGUCGCCGAGCGCGGUUGUAGCCAGUGCACCGAACCAUGGCAAUCCCCGAUAUCAAACCCAAUUUCGUCAAGAGCGUCUCCUGUUUUAUCAAUGAUCUAUCCUACCGAGAAGCUGUUGAAAAUUCUGUAAAUUAUAAUACAAGAUUAUGUAUAGAGCGACGAUUAAGAAUGCCUUUUUUGGAUACACAAACAGGUGUAGCCCAAACCCAUUCAAGUCUCUUAAUGCAUGAAAGACAACGUAUGCCUGGUCUAAAUAAUGGACAAGUUUAUACAUAUCCUUCCAAAAGAUGGAAGAAAAAGAGGAGACAAUAUUUGUUAAAUACUUGUAAUAACAGUUCAGUAAACUCUUCAUUAUUUAAUUCAACAAGACGUAAGGAAUCUGGAUUAACAAGUGGAGGUGAUUCAGGUGAUGGAACUAAUUCUUUUAAUAUUGAUUUGAAUACUGGAGACAGCCAAAAUGCUAUUUCAAAUAAUGAAGAUAGUAAAGAUAGCCUUGGAACAAACACUAUAGUAUCCAAAGAUGAUCAAACCAACCAAAAUAGCUCCAAUACUAAAGUAUCUGAAUGGUAUUAUGAUGAAUUUGAAAUGCAAGAAAUAGAAGGAUUUGAAGAACCAGAUGCAGAUUCUGAUUAUGAUUACGAAGAAAGUUAUACUAAACGAAAGAGACGAAAAAUUGGAAAACCUGGCCGUAACAGUACUAAUAAUGAAAGUACUAGUGGUCGUCGUAGUACAAAG